UUGCACCCCAUAGGCAAAUUCACACACCACAAGUAAGAACGCAUCGUACUUGCGUUUAACAAAGGCGCUUGAAGAAUCCGCUGUCCCAAAAGAAAGCCGCUACUCAAACCCUAGAAAAAUGUCGGGCGGCUUUUUCCGGGGCACCUCGGCUGACCAGGACACUCGAUUCUCGAACAAGCAGGCGAAGCUGCUUAAGUCUCAGAAAUUCCCCCCCGAAUUGGAGAAUCUGGUGGACAUGACGAAGGUUAAGAUGGAUAUCAUGAGGCCAUGGAUAGCAAAGCGUGUAACUGAACUUAUUGGGUUUGAAGAUGAAGUGCUUAUCAAUUUUAUAUACAGUCUUUUGGAGGGAAAGGCAGUAAAUGGGAAGGAGGUUCAAAUUUCACUAACUGGAUUCAUGGAGAGAAAUACAGGGAAGUUUAUGAAAGAGUUAUGGUCUCUGCUUCUUAGUGCACAGCAAAAUGUUACGGGCAUCCCACAACAAUUUCUGGAUGUAAAAGAGGAGGAAACCAAGAAGAAAAAGGCUGAGACUGAUCGAAUAGCUAGUGAAAUUAAUAGGAAUAAAGAAAGAGAGAAGCAGGAACUUGAAAUGGAGAGAAGAAAGACGGGUGGUGAAGAUUCAUUUUCAACUGAUAAGCAUACUGAGUUAGAGAUUGGUGCCAAGCACAAUUCAAGGGAGUCUAGCAUACUGCCUGCAGAUGACAAAGAAAGAAUUAAGAGAAAUGGCAGGAGGCAGAGGGGUUCACAUAGUCCAGAUUCGGCUUACCAUUCUCAAUCUCCUAGGAGGAAGCAUUCAGCAUCUCCAAGCAAGUCCUCCAAUUCUAGAAGUUACUCAAAUGAAAGAGGGAGGUCAAGAAGCAAUUCAGGAGCACCAACAUCAAGAAGUCGCUCCAUUUCCUUGGAACGACACCGCCGUCGUGGUAGAGAUCGGUCUGUGACGCCCAUUAGGAGGCAUAAUGUGCGACGCUCUCCAUCACCCAAGCAUGCAUCAUUUUAUUCCAGGCGAAGAUCAACAUCGCAUUCGCGGCACAGAUCCCCUUCUCCUGUACGAUAUAGACCUCGCUCUCCUCUCCGCCGUAGAUCUCGGUCCCCCAUACGCCGGAGAUCUCGAACCCCUGUGCGUGGUAGAUCUCCCUCCCAUGUUCGCCGGAGGUCAAGGACACCAUUACGUAGAUCACCAGCACGGUUAAGGUCCCGAACACCUUUAAGACGUAGAUCGCCUUCUCCGAUACGUCGUAGAUCCCCAUCUCCUAUCAGAAGAAAAUCUCCUUAUCGCAGGUCGCGAUCUCCGGGCAAUUACAGUUCACCAUCUCCAGUGCAUCGUCGCAUAGCAUCUCCAAUGCGGCGUGGCUCGCCACCUUCACGUCGCCAACCAUCACCCUCUCGAAGACGGUAUCACCGGUCUCCUUCAACCCCACCACGGCGAUCUGUAUCUCCAGCUCGAGGUAGGUCAUCUUUGCGUGGCCGGAAGAAAUCCUUUAGUCCUGCUCAUCGAAAAUCUACUCCCGAAGGAUCUAGUUCGCCCUCCCUUGACCGCCGUGGUUCUCUUUCUCCCAUUGAGAGAGGAUCUUUGAAAACUGUCAGAUCAUCAAUGGAGUCUCCCCGAGGAAAAACCAGAAGACGUGGUGCUUAUUCUCCAGUUCAGGGUGCUUCUGAUAAAAAAGAGGAGCUUCCAAUGGAUAGCCAGAGGGGAGUAAAAUCUGUGGAAAGCAAGCCCGUCAUUUCUCUGAGGUCUCCGCAGAGGGAUAUGCUGGAUCAAGAUGAUUUACAUGAAAAAAAUCAUGACUUGUCGGCUUCUAGGUACAAGUCCUCGCUUGUGUCGCAUGUUUCCAGGAGCAGAAGUUACAGUGAUGAUAGGAGAUCGACCAGUCCUCAUGGUAACGAUGAAAUAGAUGCCCCUGGGACAAAGUCCAGAACGACCCAACUGCGAAACAGUGAUACGGUCUCUAAUAAGAUGGAUGACGAUGACAAUGAUGGUGCUCGAGUUACGGCUAAGAAAAUAAGUCAGGAAGAUGAUGGCAAAGGCACUCGUCAAUAUUCGCAACAGGAAACUUCCCAUAAACCAAGGAAUUUCAGGGAGAAUGAUCAGAAUGGUUCUCGGGAUUCUCCAUCGAAGGAGGCUAAUGAGAGCAGAGGUAAAAUCAAGGAGAAGCAGAAACGUAGGAAAUCGGAUAGCCAAGAGAUGGAAUCAGAUGACUAUUCAAGCUCUGAUUCCUAUGAGGAUAGGAAAGAGGCUAAAAGAAAAAGAAAGGAAGAAAAAAAGCUGAAAAAGGAAAAAAAGCGACGCCGCCGGGAGGAGAGACGCAGAAGAAGGGAAGAGACGCGAGCAGAGAAGAUAAAGCUGAAGUCAGGUGAUUCUGACGACAGUUCAUCUCCUGAUCGAGGGCGACGCCAUCCUGAAGAGAAACAUGUCAAAUUGCAAGCCGAGGCGCAACUCGAUCAGAAGAAGCUUGAAAUAGAGCUCCGUGAAAAGGCUUUGGAGACGCUUCGAGCCAAAAAGGGCCUCGGCAAUUGAACUUUCUGAUGCUCUCGAGCAUUUCGCCGGUUGCUUUUACGAACGUCUUGUUGCGGUAAUGAAUGAUAGGAUGAAUUAAUGUACUUACUUUACUGUGUUUGGUCUUUCUGAAAUGGAUGAAUGAUGGUCUGAGGUAACGAGGUAGUAGUCAUUUGAGUGUAAGUUUAUGCCGAAUUUUCUGUCAUACUCAUUUACAGGCCUUUUUAAUGUUUUCUAAGAUGGAAUUUAGUAGAUGAAAAAGAUAUGUAUACAUUUUCUGUGUUCUGGAAAUCUUAGAAGGACCUAUUUGAUGUUGUUUUGAUUAUCUAUCACUUCCAUGAGCCAGUUUUUCA